AAUUGUUUGGAGGAUUUUUCACCUCGAUGUUUUCAGAUGAAACAAUGACAGUUGAGACGUUUUUCGGUUGCGCCUUCCUGGCGUAUGGGCUUCCGUUGGCCUUGUUUGCUCUUACUAUUGCCAAGGAUCCAGUAAGGAUUAUUGUUUUGAUCCUCUCCUCGUUCUUCUGGUUACUCUCGCUCCUCUGCUCCGCAAUCCUCUGGAAUGUCGUCGUUCCUCUCAAGGAGGAGAUUGCAUUUGGUUUGUGUUUCUCAGUGUUUUUCCAGGAACUAUUUCGUCUGUUUAUCUAUCUACUCCUGAAGAAAGCUGAUCUCUACCUAAGACGUCUAACUGAAUCUGAGCCAACUCAAAUAUUCCUUAAUCCACAUCUUCUGGCGUACACAGUUGGUCUCGGGUUUGGUCUCAUGUCUGGUGCAUUUUCUCUGAUGAACGUUCUGGCCGACGCGCUGGGACCAGGAACUGUAGGUUUGGCGGGUCAACCUCAGGACUUCUUCCUUGUAUCCUCCUGUAUGACCUUGUGCAUGAUCCUGCUCCACACCUGCUGGGGGGUCAUCUUCUUCUCUUCCAUGGACAACGGACAAUAUUAUCUGAGUUUGUAUGUGUUUAUAUCCCACAUGCUUGUCUCCUGCUUAACUCUACUGAACAAAAGGUACCUGUAUGUAGCCUCCGUCCUGCCAGCAUAUAUUGUGCUUGCUCUGACCGGCGUGCUAGCUGCCAGGCAGGCCGGCGUAACUAUCGCUUCCAUCAAGAAAGCUAUCAAAGGUGGCUCUGAUGUCCUGGCAGUUCCUGUUCAAGAUCCUGUUCAAUAGUUAAUAGUCUGAACAAUCCAAUGUACGUUGAACAGGAAAAUUAUCCUGAGCUUGCUAAACAAAUUAAUGGUUUGAGAAGAAACGAGUUCAAGAACUUUAUUUAGUAACGUUUAAGGGACUUUAAUUGUAACUUCAAUUGACCCUUCAUUGAAAGAGUGACUACCGUUGUGAAUGGGACAUGCCUUUAUUAAAUGGAGGAACACUUUAAAUUACAGCGAUAGUCGCUUUAAGUUAUAAAGAGUUAAAAGGUUUCAGCUGAAACCAAACGUGUAUCUAUUAAUUUGUUAUCUACAUUUAACACAAAAUUAACAACUAAAAAAUUUAUAUUUGUCUGUGAUUUGUAAUGUAUUAAUUGUUCUUGAUGUACAGCAGUGUACAGCUGUACAAGGCGUCCUGUACACUGUUCAACAUGCUGUGUACAGUAUGAUUGUCUUGAACUAACCUUUUGAUUUUAAGAAAAUUAAAUUUUUUACCGAACAUUUUGUUUACAAUUUUGGAUGGGUUUAACAUAAUAACGAAUUGCAUUUAAUAAUAUUUUUGUUUGAGUUUUUUUUCAUC